AUAAUAAUAAUAAUAGGCCUAAAACCAAACCGGACCCUGCAAACAUCCGAGAUCAGCCGAGCUCUGUGUGUCCAUAAGGAAUCAUACUGGUCCACUAUAACGCUGUAUAACACCUUCUAUUUGGAGAGUGUGUAUCUUAUGGAUCUUAUUAACUAUCAAUGAGCCACACACUUGCACUUGUGGCAUUCAAAUUCCUUCGUUAAGAUAAACACAGACACUAUAGUUUAUUGUUAAAUCCCAUAACAGCAGUACAACACACCUUCCCACCGCCUAAUUAGACUUCCAAGUGAACGCACCUGUGCAGCUUUUGGCGCUAAUGAACCAGAUUUAAGGGCGCAGCUGUGCGGCGAGUUCAUUUUCCCAGUCGGCAACUUUGGUCUCACCUGACGGCAGAGAGAAUCCGAGCGGAGCGCUACCAUGGGUUCCGCACUGAUGGCUUGGGUUUGCAUCGGAUUAACACUAGCCCAGCUCAACAACGCAGAGAGCCACCGGGACGCACACGGACAUUUGGCCGGUCAGGACGAGCUUUUCCAGCAGCUGUUUUUUGCGGCACCAGAAGAUUCGGACCGAAGUUUCCGAGCACCGGUCUGGAAUUUCCUUCAUGUUGAAGACCCGCUGCUGACCUCUAGCACCCAUCUUUAUCAUCAUGAAAGGAAGAUGUCAGAUAUCAACCAGCCACAGUAUCGCUGCAGUAAUGGAACACUUUUCCUGCGCUUUUCACUCAUCCGAUACUCAAAUCUGCGUCUUGAAGAUGGGGUCCAGUUGUUGUCACUGCCUGACAGGUGUCACAGCUCCAUUAGUAUUUAUAGGUGGUGGUUGUUGGUGAAGCUUCCUACUGGCUGCUACACAGCAAUACGGCCUGGAGAUGGAACUGGAUACCACCCAGUCAAAUUGCAUUAUUUCGACCAUCUGCUGCAGGAAGCCAUGACAGGCAUGGCCGUCUGUGAGAAUCCAGUAGUUUUGCCACAAGCGGCGCCACCACUGGUGACUUGUAGAACUACACAUGUCACUGUGAAGCUGCCUCAUGGGACAAAACUGAGGAAGGUAAAAGAGCUUGGUAAGUACUAGAAAGUUGGAGCGUGCAUUUCUCAAGUCUUCAAUGAUAACAUUAAGGUGAAGUUAUCGUAUUUGGUCACGAGGGGGCAGAAUAACUCAACAAGGUGAGAGAUACACUUUCCUGAUGCAGAAUACAAAUGGACAUGAAUC